UAGGUUUAAACCCGGUCGCGCGGAGGUAAUCAUAGUUUUAUAGAAUAAAACAGUAAUAAAAGCCUAGUAUUUGUUAAUGUAUAUAUAUAUAUAUGCGCUUAAUAUAGUUUUGAUCAAGUAAACAGCUCUGUUUAAAAGUCGAUUAAAGCGCAUAAGGAGACCAGAAGAUACCAUACCGGCAAACAAAGAAACCCUUUCUCAGAGCAACACAUCCUCAACACUCUUUAGUUAUGAGUCAUGUGGCCGUUGAAAAUGCACACGGUCUAGAACAGCAGAUUGCUGCCCUAGACUUGAAAUCUGAUGCCCAGGGAGGAGGCACUGGUAGGCGCUACAUUCCACCUCAUUUAAGGAACAAAGAGGCUUCCAAGAAUGCAGGAGCUUAUUCCUCUGCUAGACAGAGUGGUUACUCAGUGCCACCAGGAAGGAGCUACUCUCCAGGUGGAUGGGAUGUUGGACAAAGCAAUGGAUUUGUAAAUGGUUCCCAAGAUGGCCGUGACAACUACGUGAAUGGGAGCAACACUUUUGGUAACCGUGGGCCCAUACGUACCACCCAUAAUGAUCGCGGCGGAAGAGGAGGUGCUUACAGAGGCAGGGGCAGUGGCUCCUAUGUCAUCCAACCAGUUCAAAACACAGGCUUUGGUUAUGACAACAAAGAUGGCGGUGGAUGGAAUGUCCCAAAAGAUAAUGCCUAUAAUAGCUUUGGUGGUCGUUCUGACCGGACCAAGUCUACCUUCUACAAUGAUCGUGGAUCUUCCAGAGGAAGGUAUGAGCGUGGAGGUUUUGGGGGUGGCGGAAACAGUCGGUGGGUCGAUGAUUCCAGAGAUGAGGAGGACUGGUCCAAACCUCUCACUCCCAAUGAAAGGCUGGAACAUGAGCUAUUUUCUGGAAGCAACACUGGGAUUAACUUUGAGAAAUAUGAUGACAUUCCUGUUGAAGCCACUGGCCACAACUCCCCUCAACACAUUGAAAGUUUCCAUGACAUAGAUAUGGGUGAGAUUAUCAUGGGAAACAUCACUCUGACCCGCUACUCGCGCCCCACUCCGGUCCAGAAAUAUGCCAUCCCAAUCAUCAAAUCCAAAAGAGACCUGAUGGCGUGUGCACAGACAGGCUCUGGUAAGACAGCAGCAUUCUUGCUGCCAGUGCUCAGUCGGAUAUACACAGAUGGACCAGGAGAGGCCUUACAGGCUGCAAAGAACAGUGUCCAGGAAAAUGGCAGAUAUGGGCGCCGUAAGCAGUACCCCCUUUCUCUGGUUUUGGCUCCAACUAGGGAAUUGGCUCUCCAGAUCUAUGAUGAGGCUAGGAAGUUUGCGUAUCGUUCUCGAGUACGCCCGUGUGUAGUAUAUGGAGGAGCUGACAUUGGCCAGCAGAUUCGUGACCUGGAGAGGGGUUGUCACCUGCUAGUUGCCACACCGGGUCGUCUUGUAGACAUGAUGGAGAGGGGCAAGAUUGGUUUGGAUUACUGCAAUUACUUGGUCCUGGAUGAAGCUGACAGGAUGCUGGAUAUGGGUUUUGAACCACAGAUCCGUCGUAUUGUGGAGCAGGACACUAUGCCUCCUAAAGGGUUGCGCCAGACUAUGAUGUUCAGUGCCACCUUCCCUAAGGAGAUCCAGAUAUUGGCACGGGACUUCCUGGAAGAUUACAUCUUCUUGGCUGUGGGCCGUGUGGGCUCCACCUCUGAGAACAUUACCCAGAAAGUGGUUUGGGUUGAGGAGAGUGAUAAAAGAUCCUUCUUGCUUGACCUUCUGAAUGCCACAGUCAUACCAGGCGAGGUUCAGGACAAUUCUGGGGAAAACAGUGAGAAACCUGGGAAAGACUCUUUGACUCUGGUGUUUGUGGAAACCAAGAAGGGUGCUGAUGCACUUGAGGACUUUUUGUACCGUGAAGGCUACGCUUGCACCAGUAUCCAUGGUGACCGUUCACAGAGAGAUCGCGAGGAGGCACUUAAUCAGUUCCGCUCUGGGAGAUGCCCAAUCCUGGUUGCCACUGCUGUAGCUGCGCGUGGUCUAGACAUCUCCAAUGUGAAACACGUAAUCAACUUCGACCUGCCCAGUGACAUUGAGGAGUACGUUCAUCGCAUAGGCCGUACGGGUCGUGUGGGAAAUCUUGGUCUUGCAACUUCAUUCUUUAAUGAUAAAAAUGGCAACAUUACAAAAGACCUCCUGGACAUCCUGGUGGAGGCCAAACAGGAAGUGCCAUCCUGGCUGGAAAGCCUGGCUUAUGAGCACCAGCACAAGGGUAGCAACCGUGGCCGUGCAAAGAGGUUCUCUGGGGCGUUUGGAGCCAGGGAUUACCGGCAAACCAGCAGCAGCACCACUAGCGGAGGCUUUGGGAAUCGUGGCAGUCGUAAUGCUGCUGGCCAUGGUGGCAGCCGUGGAUUUGGUGGUGCUAAGGGGGGAUUUGGAAACUUCUACAACAGUGAUGGUUAUGGUGGAAACUACUCUCAGGUGGACUGGUGGGGAAACUAACUGCUUAACCACACAUGCACCUUUCCACUCCCCAUGAUCAGUGGGCCCCCACACCAAACUCACUGAAUGGAAACCACAUCUAAUUAAACCAGGCUAUAAACCCUGUGUAGCAUUCAAGAACUCUACAGUACAUUAACACCUGUGAUUCUCUGACCAUAUCCUGGAAUAAUGCAUCACUGGCUCUAGGAGACAUUGGCCACAGGAGGAACCUGUCUCCAGACUUGCUCGUCUGUAGAACGACAAAAAGGAAGAAAAGUGGAAAUGUUGCCUGUAUUGGCUUUUUUUUUUUUAUUCCACUACAUCACUUUGCUUUCUUUGUAGUAAAGGAGAAUUUUUUUUUUUGUCAAUGUACUGUGCAUUUUUGAAUUUGGACUCUGUCUUGUUACUUUUAAACAUCAAAUGGCUGCAAAUUGGCCAUAAUUCUGCUUUUUGUGAGUUUAAUUUCUUCAAAAGUGUUUUGAUUUUUGAAAGCACAAAUUAAGAUUAAUCAAACCUUGGCAAGGUUUGGCUUUGGAGUCGAAACCUUGUUCUGAACAUCAAAUUUAUGACAGGGUCACCAGGCUCCUUUCAAAAAUGUACCUGUCCCUCCUUACAUUGGUUUUUACCCUUGCUUUGCAAAGGGAGGAAGAUCUUAAUGAAAAUGUUAAUCUUGCUCACUCUAUCCUGGAGAGGUACCUCUUAAGGGAUGUGGUAGUCAUCUGAAAAGGAUUUAGCAAGUCAUUCCAAUCAGUAACAAUGAAGUGAGCCGUUUGUACCUCCAUUCACAUUAAUGUUUGGAUGCAGACUUGUAUGCUCUUAUGUGAAUCAAAACAUUUUCAGGCAGCUAGUUCAGUAACAGGCUAGCUGAUUGGAGGUGUGCAGUUUCUUCAUUUUGUUCCUUACUUGAACUUUUGUGGCAUGGCAAUUAUGUUAUACUUUUACUAAAUACUUUUUGAAAUGGAUAAACCAGUGGACUAUGAACCAUUGUGUUAGAACAGUUCAAGUUGCUAUAUUAGAACCAGUGUCAGAGUGGACAGGCCUUAAAUGCCAAGCCCAUCUCUGCAGCAAUGCUCAUGGCAAGUGUUCUUGUUUUUUUGGUCAAGAGAUAGUCCGACAACGUUCUGAAGCAGGCUUUCCUUUUUGUAACAAAGAAUGUCAUGGAGGUUUUCAUUUCCACUCAAACGUGGAACCCCCCCUCCCUCCCCCCCCAUGGUGCUGAAUGUCAGAUAUUUGUGGUCUAGAGAGACAGCUUCCCUGCAAGACCUCUGAAGGCUGGGGGUGACGGAAAAUCAGGAAUAUUGUACAGAGGGAAGCAAAGUCUAGUGUAAUUGGAGUUUUUGGGCAAUAAACCUUUUUUUUUUUUUUUUGGGUAAUAGCUGGUGUUUUCUUGGUGAAAACACCAAAGUAAUGGUUACAGUUCCCGUUCCCUCCCUCAAGUUAAUUGAGGACCUCUGUGAUGGUGUGGAGACAAGAUCAGUAGUCACUCAUUGCAACUGACAGUGAUUUCCACUCCCUUUAAGCAGUUGAGGUAUGAAGGAGGGGGGCACGAUACUACAUUUUACUGAAGUGCAAUAGAUUUCCUCAAGCAUGUUGUGCCUUUUGACGUUUAAAGAAAAAAAAAUAAAUAAAAAAAAGUUAGGUAAAAAUGGUGAACUGAAGUGGAUGCACUUGACCAGUAUUGUGGUAACUUGAUACAAGUGGUGCUAUUUAGGUUUAGGCCCUUGUAUGUUAUGCCCAUGAAGUUUUACAAAAAGUUAUUUUAUUGCACAUCAAGAGUUUUAUAUAAAAGUCUUCAGUGUGUGUUCUUAAGCUUCCAAUAUUCUGUGUAAAGACUAAAAAUGCAGCUUGUUUACAAAACGGAAGGUUUCUCGGUAUUUAGCCAGGAUUAAUUUGGGACCAGGGAAUCGGCAAUGGGGAAUUUAGCUACUUGCACAUAGAUUACUAGAUUCUACUUUUUGCUGCUAGUUUGUGUAAUUUAUUAAGCAUUUUUGAGAAAUAUUUAUUUUUAUAAACCAAAAAGUGAUCAUUUCAUGUUAACUUGACCAAAAGAACGUACAAAAACACUGGUACUUGAAUGUUGAAUGCCACCUGUAUGCGUGAAACUUCUAUUUUUCGGGGUAGUGUGAGCUUUUUAAUGUUUAAGGUCCUUUUGAAAUCAAUCAAAAUCCUCAUUUACAGACUUCUGGCCAAAUAUUCCUCCUAUCAAAGAAAUGAAUUGGCAGCCAAAACUUAACACCAUGCCAAGGUUUGGACAAUAAAUCAAAAUAAUUUUAUACUUAUCAGUGCAAAUUGUCCCGGGGUUUGUUUUUGUUUGUUUUAAAAUACGUAACUUAAAUUUGCCCCCAGUGAGUGGCUGAGGGCAAUCCUAAGGGAAAACAUGUGGUACUUCUGUUGCAUUUUUAGAAAUUUGGCAUUUGGAAUCUUUGUACUCUAUUUUGGUGCUAAAUUCAGCUAGUCUUAAUUACAAAGCAGCAGAUGAGUUUAAGUAAUGUGCAUUUUGCAGGAAAUUAGGCUUUUGAUUCACCAACCCAUGAUAAAGAACUUCAGUGGUGUCCUGAGAGUGAGAAUUUGCUUUCUGUAUUAGUUUCGAAGUUGUGCACUGUAUAUUCACUGUAUGAUUUUAUGAAAAUAAAGUUCAAAAUGGCAAAGUACAA